CAACAAAAACCUGCUUUCAAAGAUUUAAAACACGAAAAGAAAAAAUAAAAUAAAACCUCACUUUUUUUUUUCUCUUUCUCCAGCUGAAGAAUCGAAAACCUUUUCUCUUUGCUAGGGUUUUCGAAAAUAUCGCACUCUAAUUCUUCUUUAUUGCCUUCGAAUCUUUAGUUAUAGCUUCUACCAUCGUCUUCGCCGUUAAAUGUUCUAUCUAUUAGUACAAUUUGUUCGAUUCGCCGUGAAGUUACGAUCCCCAGCUGUUUUCAAGAUCGGGACUGUUCAUGUUUUGAUGAAAUAAGGUGUGUCCACUGUUCACUGGUCCUCAAUUCGUCAGAGGAAUACAUUGUUUAAAGAUCGGAUCAUUAGCUGCUUUAUGUCAUGGAUAAUACUGUAGCGGAGGAGUAUCAUGGAUGUGCCAACAUGAACCUUGUCAGCAAGUCCUUGGAGUCGUCCAUUAAGAUAGACUCAAUAUCCAUAGAUCUCAUUAAUACUAAUGAAAAGAGUGAUGCUGGAAACUGUGAUCAUUUUUCAAUACGCGGAUAUGUAUCAGAAAUUCGUAAGAAAAAUGGGAAGAUGUGUUGGCCAUUUUCUUCAGAUGAUGAUAGUAGUAAGUAUGAUGAAGUAGCAUGCAAGCUUCCUUCUUUACAUGUUCCAAAGUUUAGAUAUUGGCGUUGCCAUGAAUGCCUGCGGGAAAUUGGCGCUAAAGGCACUGGAAAUGAUGGGCCGAUCUUUACACCUUGUAUUAGUGGGUUCAAACCCAAGAGUAUUUGCUCCCAUGCGUCAGUCAUUGAUGAUGUUGCAAGGCUAGUAUCUGAUUUACAGCAAGCUCCACAUCUAGAUAUUAUCAAAGAGAAAGCGAUAUGCGGUGAUAGUAAUGCAGCUAAUUUGAAUAACAUGACUGGAGUUAGUAAAAAUAAAUCUGAAGAAGCACAUGGUCCUAUCAAAGGGUGUAAUUCAGGUGAUAUUUUGAAUCAAGAAAAGCAUAAAUUAGGAACCACAAUUUCAAUCCAGAAGCAGAAACCAAAUUUUACAGGUGACCUUGACGACCGCAAAUCAAAAUCGAAUGAAUCUGUUGACUUUAUCAAGCCAGGCCGUGGAAAAGGAGUUGUUGAUGUCGAACCUGUCACAAACAUCAAUUGCAUGGAUAUGAGUUCUAAAAUCCAUGAAAUAAGGAAAGUAAAUCCUGUGGAUGAUCAUCCUAAAGAGCUGAUAGCAUGUGGAAUGUCAGCAGAAGUUGGUAAUAUUGAAGCAUACAGUGUUGGCAUGGGUAGUGGACAUCCUUCCUUGGUAUUGGAUGAUCUUGGUUGUGAUUUAUCUGAAAGUGCUGAGAUCAUGGCUGCAAAUAUUGUCCGUGAUCAUGAUAACUCAAGUGGGUUGCAUCGCAGAAAAACACGAAAAGUUCGCCUGCUAACUGAAUUGCUUUGUGAAAAUGACUGUGCGGAUAACAUACAAUCAAAUGCCAUUCGUGGUUCAUCAGAUGAAAGGGAUAAGCUUCCAAUUCCUCAAAGUCACGUGGCUGCGCAAGGAAAUUUCAGAAGGGGUUUGGCUCAACCUAAGAAAAGAAAGUCAGACCGGGAUGAAGAUUGGAAACCCACACAGACAGGAUCCCCUAAUAAAGUGGGUAAAGAAGUUAGGCUCUUGAAGAGAGAUGUGGAAUCUCCAGAUGCAAUUGCACAAGCAUUUGCUAGAAUGCAGUUACAAACUGGUAGGAAGAACAAUUGCUUCAAACGAGGAAUUGAUAGAAGUCCGAGUUUAUGUAAGAAGAAAAACAAGAAAACCCUUAUUUUUGAGGAAAGUUCAUCCUUAGUACCUGCACAAGAAAAUGUGCCAAAUAAACUAUGGAAUGAAACUGGGGAUGCUUCUAACAGCAAUGCUGCUGAUAGACUUUUCUCUAAACCCUUGCAUAAUGCAGUUACAAGAGAAGAGGCAGAUUCUUUCCAUUUUUCUACUCAAAGAGUGGGUAGGAAACCUAGUUUUAAGAAGAAAGCCAAGAUGCCUCAAGAUGAUACUCAGCAAUCUCCUUCAAUUAUUCAAAAACAUGACAAGCUCAGAGAAGAUCCAAUGAGCAGAAAAGUUGUAGAGUUCCAGCAGAGUAGGCCUGUAAGAGUUCCGUUACACACAGCACGUGAUAUUUUCAGUGAAAAUGGACCGGAUCUUUCUCUUAAAAACUACAUAACCACAGAGAGAAAUGACAUGCUGCGCAAUCCACAGCUUGUAGAUGGGCAAACUUGUUUCUCGACUCGGAAAGAGGGCACUGCUAGAGAAGCUCAGGUUAAGAGUAAUUUUACAGAAGUUGAGCAUCUUGGAAAUUUCAAUUUUGCUUCUAAAUCUGUAACGGAAUUGGCUUUUGGAAAAGGAGUAUAUAAUGAACUCAAUGGCAACAGAACUCCCAUCAAAAUGCCCUUACAUAAGGAGAAGCAGAACUAUGCAUCCCAAGCUGAAAUCAGUGGGUGUUCUCAUAUGCAGAAAAAGAACCAUUGUGGUACAAGCAGCAAGAAUACAACAAUUAAAACUCAGGUACAUCCAGUACUCACAAGAAAAGACAAUGACCCAAGAGCUAAAAAUGUAUCCGAACAAGUAAUUUCAGAUGACAUUCCCAUGGAAAUUGUUGAGCUCAUGGCAAAGAAUCAAUACGAGAGGUGUCUUCCUGAUGCUGAAUUUGGUAGAUGCCAACUAGAAGUGACUAAUAACACUAGGACAAUGGAUUUUAGUAAAGCUUAUGGAAAUGGAGAAUUGGACUUUUCUCAGAAGGAAGCUAAUGAGAAACAUAAUUCUCAUGCUAAAAAUGGCAGAAAUGGAAUAGCCAAUAGAGGUGAGAAUGUGGGACCCGCCAAGCAGAAGUCGUCUGAUUUAGUAAAUCAGUCUCAUCUAGAUCAAUACUUCAUAAGUCAACUAGAACACACUCCUAUUCCUAAAGUGUUUGAGGCACUUUUUCAGCCUCACCACAAGCCAUCUAGUGGAAUCCAGCAUUAUCCUUCUAAUUCUGGCAGGCAAAAUAGUGCUGAAAAUCACAAGUGGAUUGGGGAUUCGGGUGGGAACAGGUCGUCUGAUAACUGUUUACAGACCUCGGGACCAUGUAAUGCGUGCCAAGGCGUUCAACAGCAUAGUAAAGAAACACAUCAAAUUUGGUCCUCCGUGAUGCCAAAUCACAUGCCUGGUUAUGACGUUGCUCAAAGGAGCCUUUUACCAUUUACCAGUAUGGAUAUUCUUUCAGACUCUGCAAGCAAUAUGAAUAAAGAAUAUAUUUCUGGUCACCGUGAUCUGAAGUUUUUAAACCAGAAUCCUUCCAGCUUUGGGAAGCAAAACAGGAACCUUGUUUCUGAUUCUUUUAGGAUAUGCACAGAGCCAGUUUCUUGCAAACGUAGUGGUGUCAACCUUUCUCAAAAGCCCGUGAGAUCUUUUGAUCUGUAUUCUAAUGAAACCAUACCAGCGAUGCAUUUGCUCAGCCUGAUGGAUGCAGGACUGCAGUCCAGUGCACCAGUUAAUUUGGAUGCAACACCAAAGUUCCUCAAAAGAACUGUAACAUGCGAUCAAGAUCAUAACGAGUUUCGUAGGCCGGAAUCUGCGGUCUAUAAAGUCACCAACAGUAUGAAGCACACGCCAUUUCAUUCACAUGGUAAAAAGCAAGCUGUAGCUGGUCCAUCUAUGGCUUCAUUCGCAUAUGAUAAAUCUUUCCAGAGGGCUACUGAUUUUACCUCUCAAGUAUCUCGAGAGAAAGGAAAGGGAAAAGGCUCGGAUUCUCGCACACAGAGUAGUGGCUAUAAACCACCAAAACCUUCAUCUCAAAAUAGGAAUUUUGCCACCAAUUGUGGCUCUAAUCCAGUUCAUAGUAUGCAGACAAUGUUUUUUGGUGUGUCCGAUUCUAUGGCGAUUCCUUCACAACUCCGUGGAAUGGAAAAUUCGAUCAAGCACAAGAUGGAGGUCAACAAUGACACUCGACCUGUUCGCCCCAAUAAAAGUAGUCCUGAUGGAAUUUGCAGUGUGAACAGAAAUCCUGCUGAUUUUAGCAUUCCUGAACCUGGGAACUUAUUUAUGAUCUCCGGUGAGGAUCUAAAAUUUGGAAAGACGGUUCCUUUUUCAGCUGAAUUGGUUGGGCAGAAGCGACCUAAAAAGCUUCCUGCUGUGAAAGAACAGCGAAGACGUUUAAUUUCAUGAUCACUCCCAGCUUCAUGGAAAUAUCUCAUUGAAACAUACAUCAUCAAAUGGUAUACUCUUGGUUGAUUAUCAGCUUCUUCAGAAUAAAUCAGAACCUUAUGAUGAGACAGUAAAUGUCAAAUUAACAUUUUCGACACAAGUCAGUUUCUGGUUCUGAAAAACCAUGACGUGGAAUGGAAGAUAUACCGGGUAGAAAAUGAGGCUUGUAUAUAACUACAUGUGCCUCGACAGUCCGCUAAUAACAUUAUACGUAUGUACUUUUGUAUUGUUUUGGUGUGCUUGUUAUACAACUUGUUGAUUAUGAUAAAGAGGUUCUACAGAAGCCUAGUUCUGUUCUUUGUAUUUCAGUAAAGGACCCGUACACUCCAUUCUUGAGCAGGAUUUUGGGGUACCAAGUGCAAACAGGUCAUUAGUUAGUAUAUUGUAUUUCAAUGCCUGUGGCUCGAGAUUGAAAAUAAGCCAGCAUUCAAAUAAUUCACUUACUACUAUUGUUACUGUCC